GAUCGCAGCGGCUCUGUGCGGCGGGGCGCGGCGCGGCGCGGCGGCAGGGCCAGCAUGAGCGGCCCCCGGGAGCUAGCGGGGGAGCUGGCCCGGUUCUACACGGUCACCGAGCCCCAGCGCCACCCCCGGGGAUACACCGUGUAUAAGGUCACCGCACGGAUUGUUUCAAGAACAAAUCCAGAGGAAGUCCAGGAGAUAGUCGUUUGGAAGAGAUACAGUGACUUUAAGAAACUGCACAAAGAUCUCUGGCAAAUUCAUAAAAACGUAUACAGGCAUACAGAAUUGUUUCCGCCUUUUGCCAAAGCAAUAGUAUUUGGGCGGUUUGAUGAAUCUGUGAUUAAAGAAAGAAGACAAUGUGCUGAAGAUCUGCUGCAGUUUUCUGCCAACAUCCCUGCUCUAUAUAAGAGCAAACAGUUUGAAGACUUUUUUAAGGGUGGUGAGGUGCAUGAUGGGUCUGAAUUGAUUGGGCCUGUAGAGCCUUUAUCUGAUUCCCUGAUUGACAGCUUAUCUGACUGCAGUUCUGAAGUUCAAAAGGAUUUAAGUGGACUCGAUGAUGUGAUGCUUACCAGCCAAUCAGAAUGUGGAGGUUUCUCCAGUGAUAGUGACCUCAUCUCUUUGACAGUCGAUGUAGACUCUCUUGCCGAAUUAGAUGAUGGAAUGGCAUCCAACCAAAAUUCUCCCAGUAGAGCUUUUGGUCUCAGCCUUGCUUCAGAAUCCUUAGGACAAGGUGCUAUAGCUUAUGAUUGUGAGUGGAGCAAACCUGAAGGCGAGAGGGAGAGCGAGAGCCGUAGUCUGUUUACUGGGAGCUUAAGACACAAGCUUGGCAAACAUGAUUACUUGGAGAAAGCGGGGGAGCUGAUAAAGCUGGCCUUGAAGAAGGAGGAAGAAGAAGAUUAUGAAGCUGCCUUUAGCUUUUAUCGGAGAGGGGUCGAUCUGCUCCUGGAAGGUGUUCAAGGUGAGUCAAGUCCAACUCGUCGAGAAGCAGUGAAAAGGAAGACUGCAGAAUAUCUAAUGCGUGCUGAAAAAAUUUCCAGCCUAUACCAGAAAUCCUUCUCUGAAGAUGGAUCAGUUUCUGGGCCUCCAGGAUCACUAAGUUCAAGGCCCUCUUGGAACCUAAGGAGCCCUGCCGAGGAACUGAAGGCCUUCAGAGUCCUUGGGGUGAUUGACAAGGUUUUACUUGUAAUGGAUACUAGAACACAGCAGACUUUUAUACUGAAAGGUCUAAGGAAAAGUAGUGAGUACAGCAGGAACAGAAAGACCAUCAUUCCCCGCUGUGUGCCCAACAUGGUGUGUCUGCACAAGUACAUCAUCUCUGAGGAGUCUGUAUUUCUUGUGCUGCAGCAUGCAGAAGGAGGCAAACUGUGGUCUUACAUCAGUAAAUUCUUAAACAGAAGCCCCGAAGAAAGCUUUGAAAUCCAUGAACUCAAAAGUUCUACUAAAAUUCACCUGCAGCUGCCAACCCCUAGCCCUACAGAAAUCAGCAGUAGUGUUGACUCCAGAGGAAGCAAUGGGGGGAACAUGCUGAGAGUUAUACCACUGAAGAGCAGCCUUACGCCAAGUUCUCAAGAUGAGAGUAGUAACCAGGAAGAUGGCCAAGAAGGUUCUCCCAAAUGGACAGAUUCUGGGUCAAGUUCAGAAGAAGAAUGCACUACUAGUUAUUUAACAUUAUGCAAUGAAUAUGGACAAGAAAAAAUUGAUCCUGGCUCUUUAAAUGAGGAACCCGUGCUGAAACCAGAGGGAGAAGAUCUUAAAACCAAAGAGUUAGGAUGCUUACAGGCACAUCCUUUAGUUGGCAAUGAUAGCUUCAGCUCUCAGAUGGCCUCUCGGGAGCUGAAGUUUUUCAGUGAAGAUGCUGACCUGGAAGUACUUAGUCCUACUAGGAUAUCAGACUCAUUAAGUAAAUCCAAGCACAGCCCUAUGGAAUUCUUCAGAAUAGAUAGUAAAGACAGCACCAGUGAACUUCUGGGGCUUGAUUUUGGAGAUAAAUUGUAUAGCUUAAAAACAGAAUCUUUAAAGCCAUUUUUUUCUGCACCAGAGCAUGACAGGAGUCUUGAAACCAUGGAGAGCAAGGUGGGCUUUAGAGCCCAGGACACAAUAAGCCGGGGUUCCAAUGACUCUGUGCCGGUAAUUUCUUUUAAGGAUGCUGCUUUUGAUGAUGUAAGUAGUGCUGAUGAAGGAAGGCCUGAUCUUCUGAUAAAUUUACCUGGUGUAUCUGAGAAACUGGAAGAAGCACCAGUGGUUAGGCCAAAAAAGCUUACAAAGACUGAUGUAAACAUCUUGGAAAGCAAACUGUUAGAAACCCCUGAUGUCUUACAAUUAAAUAAUAGUACAGAGCAAUGCAAAGCACUUGAUCAAAAGUUGAAUCAUGUGGUGCCAGAAUUGGGCCAUCCUUCUAGCAAGGAAUCAGAAGGACAAUAUGAUGUCACUCAGGAAAUUGUCAGGACACUAUUUACGUCUGAUAUUGACCUGGCUAGUUCAGAAGACAUGGCUCAGUUUCAAGGACUCGGAGCAAUUUCUUCCUCAUCAUUAAAUGCAACAAGCACAGAAGAAAAUUUCUUAUUUAUUUCUAACCCACUCUCAGGUGCUAAAGAGUAUAGCUUAGAUGGCAGCAUUGUAAGAAAUCAAGCAGUGUUGCUAUUUUCUGAUCAAAUGGAAGACUUUGGUAAAGAGAAAACAAACCCUGCUCUCUUAUCAAAAGCUGAAAGCAAAGAGACAGUAGUGGAGGGCAAGAGUGAAAUAGCACUAGAAGGAGAGAAGGAAAUACAUCAAAUUUUUCAGGACCUCGACAAAAGACUAGCACUAACCUCCAGAUUUUACAUCCCAGAGGGUUGCAUUCAAAGAUGGGCAGCUGAAAUGGUUGUAGCCCUUGAUGCUUUACAUAGAGAAGGAAUUGUGUGCCGCGAUUUGAACCCAAACAACAUCUUAUUGAAUGAUAGAGGACACAUUCAGCUAACGUAUUUUAGCAGGUGGAGUGAGGUUGAAGAUUCCUGUGACAACGAUGCCAUGGAGAGAAUGUACUGUGCCCCAGAGGUUGGAGCUAUUCUAGAAGAGACAGAAGCUUGUGAUUGGUGGAGUCUAGGUGCCAUUCUCUUCGAACUCCUCACUGGAAAGACUCUAGCCGAGUGUCAUCCAGCAGGAAUAAACACUCACAGUUCUUUGAACAUGCCAGAUCACGUAUCCAAAGAGGCCAGAUCACUCAUUCAGCAGCUUUUGCAGUUUAACCCUGUGGAGCGUCUUGGUGCUGGAGUUGCAGGUGUUGAAGACAUCAAAUCUCAUCCGUUUUUUGCCCCUGUAGAUUGGGCAGAUCUUUUGAGAUGAAAGGAAAUAUGGCUCUAUGAAUAUGCUCAGGUCUUCUGAUGGAGGAAUUUCUCUGGCAUAGAAACACCCCUGACUUGUCAUCGUAUAAGGCGUAUUAAAUCACUUGGACAAUAUGAAUAAAGGAGACGGGAGUAAUCAUGCAAAAAGGAAAUAUUUUUAACACAAAUCACUGACUGGACAGGGUGCUAGUUUAUUUUUAUUGCAAGUGGCUGCUAUAUGUAAACCUUCUCACCAAAGGUGUGCUCUAUGUUGAAACUGUUGGGUAAGCAUGUCUAGCACUGCCAGCUUGUGAAUUAAGUAGAAACAGGACCACACUCCAUGUGCUUCAUCAGAUGACAGAAGUGCAUAACUCUCUAGUCCACGACAGCAGAAAGUAGGGCCUUUUAUAGUGUCAACAGACUAUUUCCCUGUGCUAGAUGCGACUGUGGGGGAAAGGAUCAAAUAAUUUAUUAAUGGUAUAUGCAGAACAAAAUACUAAAAGUGCUUUAUGCAAAACUUGGCCUAUAAAACAAGAAUAUGUAUCCAUGGAAAAAAAUAAGAAAGCUGUUGCAUCAUACUGUGGAAUGUGUCUUGAAAGUGGCUGCAUAUCAUUUUAAAUAGUGGAAAGAGCAUAUGAAAAAAACAGUGCUGUCCGCAUUGUGCUUUCUCGGUUAGCAAUGUCUGUGCAGAACUCUCUCUCCAUAACUUUGGAUGAGUUUUGUGUUUAAGUCACUACAAAAAGGGAAGUCGUUUUUCCUCAGCCAGGUAAAUAUUGCUUUACUAACUUAAUAAGGACCAAGAAAACAUGAUGCUAAAUAAAUGUCUGGAUAUAAAAA